CCAAGCAAACAAUGGAAACAAACAUCAAAUCCCCCACGUCACCGCCAUUAUUUAUCUCAUCCCGACUCUACCAGACCAAUCCCUCUCUCCCACCUGGACCGUACCUCACUGUUACCUCAUUUUUCUAACAUACCAAAUACAGCACCGUAGACAACCAACACCCCCCUCCCAACCCCUUCAGUACGCGGUUCAGAGAACCAGAAAAUCCAGAAUCCAGAAUCCCCCAAACUUCGUCCCCGCAUUCUAAUACAAUUCAUCGUGUCUUCCCCCCUUUGCGGCUUCACCACACCCAUCAUCGUCUACAACUUCGCUUUCUGCCGUUCUUCUUUUUAUUUUCUUUCUUAGUUUUUGAUUUCGGAACAUAUUCGGGAGCUGACAGCUAUUGGGGGGGUUCUCUGUUUUCGAUUUGGGUUCGCGAUUUCUUUGGAAUUUUGUGAUUUUUUAAGAAUUCGAGCUUGGGAUUGAUUCUGGUUGUUUUGAGGGUAAAAGGGUUUUGCGUUCUUUAAGUCUUGGUCCAGAAUUUUGGGCCUUUGAGUUCGGGUUGCGGCGAUUUUGCCGAUUUAUAGAUUGGAAAAGCUGACUUCUUUGGACUGAUUGAUCAUCGGCGGUUAGGAGGGUUUUUGGGGAUUGCUUUCAUCUAAUUUGAUUUUGUUUUAUGGGAGGUUAUUGAGUUGUAUUAAUGGCUCAAUGAAGCUGUUGAUUGCAGCUUAUCCAAGGAAGGGUUUUUGUUGAGGGUUGUUGUAGAUCAAUUUCCAGGGCGCUGGGGGUCGGAAUUCAAGACUUGUGAAUUGAGCUUCUGGCUCCGUUUGCUGCAAAAUGCUGUUUUGCUCGCUGCAUGUGACAGAAGGAUAGAAGGAUUUUGACCUUUAUUGAGGCUGACAUUCGGGAGCGAGUUCAGUUUUGUUAUACAGUUUUGUCUCUCAAUUUACAAGGAGAUUGAGCAUUUUGAAUUUUCUUCGUUGGUGAAGUUUGAGUCUGGUAUUAUUUGUGGUUCUAUACAAGAAUUUAAGAUGGAUGAUGGUCAGGGCAGCUCAAAUUCGCUACCUCCAUUUCUUGCAAAGACAUAUGAGAUGGUGGAUGAUCCUUCCACAGAUUCCAUUGUUGCGUGGAGCCAAAGUAAUACAAGCUUUAUUGUAUUGAAUCCGCCGGAGUUUGCAAAGGAAUUGCUUCCUAGGUUCUUCAAGCACAAUAAUUUCUCUAGCUUCAUCAGGCAGCUUAAUACAUAUGGUUUUAGAAAAGUUGAUCCAGAACAAUGGGAAUUUGCAAAUGAGGAUUUUAUUAGAGGUAAGCCAGACCUUUUGAAAAAUAUUCACAGAAGAAAGCCAGUUCACAGCCAUUCAAUGCAGAGCCUUCAUGGUCAAUUUGCUCCAUUAACGGAGUCAGAAAGACAACGUUUGAAUGAUGACAUCGAGAGACUUAAAAAUGAAAAAGAUCAUCUUGAUCUGGAAUUGAAGGAGCAUGAGCGGGAAUGGAAGGGAUUUGAGUCGCAAAUGCAGCAUUUGAAAGAGCGCUUGCAAAAGAUGGAAUGUAGACAGCAAAUGAUGGUUUCAACGGUAGCAGAAGUGCUGCAGAAACCAGGGCUUGCGUUAAAUCUUGCAGCAGAAUUGGAAAAUAAUGAUAGGAAGAGAAGGUUGCCAAGAAUUGGUUAUCUGUAUGAUGAAGCUGGCAUUGCAGACAAUCAGGUAGGAAGUUCCCAAAUACUAGCUAGAGAAAAUGAAGAUGUCAUAUUGUUAUCAAACAUGGAGUUGCUUGAGCAGUUAGAGUAUUCUCUGUUAUUUUGGGAGAAUGUAGCACGUGAUGUUGGCCAAACCCAUAUUCAACUUAAUUCAAACCCUGAAGUGGAUGAAUCAACAAGUUGUGCAGAAAGCCCAGCUACAUCUUCCUUACAACUUAAUGUUGAUACUCGGCCUAAAUCUCCUGGGAUUGACAUGAACUCUGAGCCUGCUGCUGUGGUUACUCCUGAGCCUGCUGCUGUGGUUACUCCUGAGCCUGUUGCAUCGAAGGAGCAAGCAGUUGCCACCACCACACCAAUGACAACUGGAGUGAAUGAUGUAUUCUGGGAACAAUUUUUGACUGAAAAUCCUGGUUCAGGUGACAUGCAGGAAGUUCAGUCAGAGAGAAAAGAUUCUGAGGGCAAAAAGAACGAGACCAAACCUGGUGAUCAUGGUAGAUUUUGGUGGAAUAUGAGGAAUGUAAAUAACCUUGCAGAACAGAUGGGCCACCUUACACCUGCAGAGAGAACUUGAUAUUGGUUGAUUUCAUUUUCCAGUUUUUGAUGCCUCAGUAUAUCUGAUGUAAUAAAUUUCGGUAUGAUAGUUUGAUCUGGUAGUUGGUAGAUAUUCCAUGUUUUUACUUCAUCGUUUUUGUGCAUAUAGUGAUCUGUUGUUGCAUUCUAUGUCCAUUUGUUCCAUGAUUCUAGGUGCCAUUCUGAUUUUCAUGAUUCUUACUGGAAUUUAAUUUUACUUUCAACACUUGAGAAAAAUGUCAUCAUUUUGAAUGGUCCACUCAACUUGUUU